AUGGUAUAAAAAGCUCGAAGAAAACGGCUUCCUUAGACGCAAAGGCGAACAACAAGGCCAGGCCUCCAACCAGAUGGGCGUAGUGUCUAAGGGCUGCUUAGAACUUUAUAAAGACUACGGUGCUCCUCAAGCAAAGCCUGUUAUAACUCUAAUGGCGAACCGUUGUAGCGCAACAGCGAGCAGAGAAAGGCGAGAGAUAAGGAUUAUUCAUACUAGCCCCUCAGGUAAAAGAGAGAGAAUUACUCUUGAUUGCGCGAGUUUGGCGGAAUGGAAUGUGGCGCUGCACUUUGGAAAUUUCCUGAAGGGCGACGACAUCGAAGGCUCGGGGUCUCAGGCCUACGCAAAUUUAUCAAAAUACGUCUUCCCUAUUAAUAUGUUUGAAGAUGCAUCGGGCAGAAAGUCUGCACUUCUCAUCGAAAACAGAAUGAUUAUGCUGUUCCCCAGUCCCGAUGCGACGGAUCCCAUUUUGUGUUUCUCCGCUAACGAAUGCGAAGUGCAGCCCGUCAUUGCUCAGAGGAAACUUCGGGUGUAUGUAAACGUAAGCAUUUCACAUUAG